GUAAGCAUUGAAAUGGACAAUGAUGAGGAAGAUAGUUCCAAUGAAGAAGAUGAAGAUGACAUAGAUGCUAAGAAUGAUUCAGACGAAGAGGAGAAAAAGCCAAGCAAACAGACUGGAGGAAACCCAAGGAAAAGGGGUGGGAAGCAAGAUUCAGAAGAGGACCAGGGAAAAGGGAGAGGCAGGAAGAGAAAUGUGAGAGGUGGCAAUAGAAAAGCUCAGAAAGAUGAGGACGAUGAACCUGAUGAAGAAAUGCCCAAGAAUAAAAAGAACAGGAGGAAUGAAAAAUCCAGAAAAAAACAGGAAUCUGAGGAGGAGGAAGAAGAGGAGGAGAAAGAUUCAAAGAAAAAGAAGAAAGGCCAGAAUGGAAGGAAACAAGAUGACAGUGAUGACAAAAAAAACAAGAAAGGGGGAAAGAAUGACAGAAAUGGAAAUGGGAAGAAUGACAAAAAUGAUAAUAAAAACAAGAAGAAAGCUGAUUCAAGUUCUGACUCAGGUGAUUCCUCUGAAGAAGAAGAAGAAGUCCUUACUGAAGAGGAAGUCGCUAAGUUAAAGGAAGCUGUUGAAGAGAAAAAGAAAUUGAUUGCUACCUUGAGAAACCAACCAUGGCAAAUGAAACGCAAGCUGACAACUCUCAAGGAAGCCCAUGAAUUUGUGGAUAAAUUUGAAGGUUCCCUUGGGAAGGGAAAAGGCAAAAAAUUUUAUGCAUACAAAGUGAUGAUGCAAAAGAAAUGGAUGAAGUUUCAACGUGAUUUUGAGAAUUUCAGAACAGCCUGCAUACCAUGGGAAAUGAAAAUAAAAGAGAUAGAAAGUCAUUUUGGUUCCUCAGUUGCCUCCUAUUUCAUUUUCUUGAGAUGGAUGUAUGGAAUCAAUAUGGUUUUGUUUGGUUUAACAUUUGGCCUUGUCAUGGUGCCUGAGGCACUGAUGGGUAAGCCGUAUGGCAGUAUGCCAAGAAAAACUGUCCCUAAAAGUGAACAAGCCACAGCUAUGGACUUUUCCAUUUUAUGGGAUUUUGGGGGUUUUUCACAGUACUCUGUUCUGUUCUAUGGCUAUUACAACAACCAGCGUGCUGUGGGAUGGCUUAAGUUUCGUAUGCCUUUGUCCUACUUUAUGACAGGAGUUGGAACAAUUGCCUAUAGCUUCAUGGUGGUUAUAAGAACAAUGGCAAGUAAUGCAAAUGAAGAGGGUGGUGGAGAUGACACAAGCUUUACCUUCAGCUGGAAAAUGUUCACCAGCUGGGAUUACCUAAUCGGGAAUCCUGAAACAGCUGACAACAAAUUUGCUUCUAUUACCACAAGUUUUAAGGAAUCUAUUGUAGAAGAGCAAGAAAAUCGUAAGGAAGAGAACAUCCAUUUAACCCGGUUCCUGCGGGUGCUUGCUAACUUCCUAGUGCUCUGCUGCCUUGGUGGGAGUGGGUACCUCAUCUAUUUCGUAGUGCGAAGGUCUCAGAAGUUUGCUCAGGAGGGGCUGGAUGACUAUGGUUGGUGGGAGAGAAAUGAAGUAAACAUGGUGAUGUCCUUGUUGGGAAUGUUCUGUCCGAUGUUGUUCGAUGUCAUCAGCGCGUUGGAGAACUAUCACCCUCGAAUCGCUCUUCAAUGGCAGCUGGGACGCAUCUUUGCUCUGUUUCUGGGCAAUCUGUACACAUUCAUCAUUGCUCUCCUUGAUGAAAUAAAUCUGAAGCUGGAAGAGGAGGCGAUAGUCAAGAUCAAUAUGACAAUAUGGGAGGCCAGCCUUUACAAUGGAACUGUGGCAGAAAAUGCUACAGCUCCCCCACUAGAAGUGGACCCUGCUGAUGUGCCUAGAGGACCAUGCUGGGAGACUAUGGUUGGACAGGAAUUUGUGCGGCUAACUGUUUCUGAUACAGUGACAACUUAUAUCACACUGUUGGUUGGAGACUUCCUGCGGGCUUUGUUUGUCCGAUUUCUCAACUACUGCUGGUGCUGGGACUUAGAAUAUGGAUUUCCAUCCUAUGCAGAAUUCGAUAUCAGUGGGAAUGUACUGGGACUGAUCUUCAACCAAGGAAUGAUUUGGAUGGGUGCCUUUUACGCUCCGUGCCUUCCAGCCAUCAAUGUUCUUCGUCUUCAUGUAUCCAUGUAUCUGCAGUGCUGGGCAGUAAUGUGCUGUAAUGUUCCUCACGCGAGGGUGUUCAAGGCCUCUGGAUCCAAUAACUUCUAUAUAGCCAUGCUGCUUGUUAUUCUCUUUCUUUCAACGCUACCUGCGGUGUAUACCAUUGUCUCGAUCCCACCCUCCUUUGACUGUGGCCCCUUUAGUGGAAAACACAGGAUGUUUGAUGUUAUCCAAGAGACACUGGAUAAUGACUUCCCUGCCUGGUUUGGAAAAGUGUUUGGCUACGCCUCCAAUCCCGGACUAAUUCUUUCUUUUAUACUGCUCAUGGUGUAA